AUGACCUUUUCUCGGUUCCUACACCUGUCUGUUCUCACCGUCGCAGCUCAUGCAACUCCAUUAAACGCUUUCGAGUACGAUUACAUUAUCGUGGGUGGUGGAACGGCCGGUUGUGUGCUUGCCAAUCGCUUGUCAGCAAGCCCGUCCGUCUCGGUUGCGUUGAUCGAGGCCGGUCCUACUGUCUUCAAUGACUCUCGAGUUCUUAUUCCCAGCCCUGCUGGGCUUGCUUGGGGAACUGAGCUUGACUGGAAUUACACGACUAUCCCACAGGCGUACGCCAACAAUUCGGUAUUGACUUAUCACGCCGGUAGAGACGUUGGAGGCACAAGUACUAUCAACGGUAUGGUAUACCUCCGUCCAACCGCUGACGAGAUCGACUCUUGGUCGGUAUUGGGAAACACUGGAUUUUCAUGGGAUAGUCUACUGCCUUACUUCAAGAAGAGCGAGCACUUCCAGCUCCCUACCGAUCCACGCCCACGCGCCAUCGCCGAAGCCUCCUACGAAUCCAGUGUACACGGCUUCAUUGGUCCUGUCAAACUCGGCUGGGGGAACGAUCUAGCCCCAGGAGUGUUUGGACAGGCCUUGAACACAACCUGGCAAUCUCUAGGCUUCUCAUGGAACGCGGAUCCAAAUUCCGGCAACAACACUGGACUUGGCUUGUUUCCUAUCGAGAAAGAUACUGUGCUGCAAAUCAGACAGGACUCGGCUAGAUCCUACUAUUUGCCUGUCAUUGGUCGACCGAAUUUACAUGCUUUCACUAACACUACUGCUCUGGAUAUCAACUUGGAUAGCGGAAAGAGUCAUCACGGACCCAAAAGUGCAGUUGUGGCCAAGGGAGUCAAUGUGAUCUUGCCUUCUGGAAGGAAACAACUUCUUCGCUCCAAGCAAGAAGUCAUCCUUUCAGCCGGUACAUACAGAACCCCUGGUCUGCUCGAGCGAAGCGGCAUUGGAAACCCAUCUAUCCUCCGCAACCUCUCUAUAGCCCCCAAAGUCCCUCUCCCAGGCGUAGGAGCACACCUCCAAGACCAAUGGCUCGUCAACGCAGUCUACAAUGCAAACUUCACACCGACCUCCUUCGUUGCCUCCUACAACGCCAAACCCCUUUCCGCUUCCGUAACAGCCGCCGAACUGUUCGGCUCCGACCUGGAUACCGUAGCUGCUCAACUCUAUGCCGAUAUCCCUGCUUAUGCUCGCACGCUCUCGGAAGCAAGUAAUGGGGCCAUCUCUGUGCAAGCACAAGAGCAAAUUCUUCUAACCAGAGCAAGUUUGUUUUUCGACAAGAAAGUUGCGAUUGGAGCAUUGACAUUUGGCAUCUUUGGGGGUAAUUGUUGGGUCACUCUACCUCUAUCAACAGGAAACGUCCAUUCAUCCUCCGAUCCCUCCGAUCCCUCCAAGCCCCUCAUCAACCCCAACUUCCUCCAACUCCCCUGGGACCUCCUAGUCCAACAACGUCUCUUUUCCCUCCUCCGCCGUGUCCUGGCUUCCCCCCUCGUUGCCGCCACCCUCAGCCCCAACACCAUCGAGUUAUCUCCUGGCUACUCUCUCCUCCCUGCAAACGCCUCUCUGCCCCAAACAACCGCAGUGUUCCAAGCUAUCCUGGCACCGGUGUGGCACGCAGUGGGUUCAGCGGGAAUGAGAAAGAGGGAGUGGGGUGGUGUGGUGGAUGAGGAGUUUAGAGUGUAUGGGACAAAGGGACUCAGGGUUGUGGAUGCUAGUGUGGUGCCUGUGGAGGUCAAUGGGAAUCCGACUAGUUUGAUAUAUGCGUUGGCUGAAAAGGCUGCAGAGGAUAUACUGAGGGACUGCAAGUGA